GUUUGAUUUGAGGGAAUUGAAAUGGGGAGGCUGUUUCUUGUUGAACACGAUCCAAGAGAAGGAGUUCUAAAGGCCUGCAAAUUUUGCAACACUUACAUCGCCUUGCACCAAAAUAUAACCCAGGACACCUUCCCUUUCUGGCCACCCUCCCAAGGCUCCAUCUUCUCUUCUACGGUGAAUUUGGUGGAAAAUGACGGUGGAGCCAAUCAAGAUCUUCCUUCUCCUGCACUUUUUCUACAGCUUUACUGUGUCAAAUGUGGCGCUUUCAUUGGAUUCCGACAAUACUACGACAGCACCCGACGUCAAGGAUUUAGUUUCAUUUGCCACGAUAAGGUGGUCGAUAUUUUUACCAAUGGAGAUUAAAUGCUGAAUUACUGCAAUACGGAGGUACAUUUCUCAAGGAUUGAUCAAGAACAGCAUUGAGGAUUGAAGAUUAGUUUACUUAAACUGAGAUUUGAAAUUUGUUUUGUUCUUGAUCAAUGAAUUCCAUGAAUAUUUCGCCU